AUGUCAAUUUCCAAAGUAGCAACGACCAAUGUGGCAAGUCCUGACGGAACUUCUGAACUCGGAAAGAAGUUCUACCUUAGCAAGGAGUUUGCUGAUGUUCAAAUUGUCUUCGUGGUAAACGAUGAAGAACUUGGACGGGUGCCGUCCCAUAAAAUUAUCCUGGCUGCACACAGUGACGUUUUUCACACAAUGUUCAAUGAAUCAUGGAAAGAGAAAAAUGAAGUGAAAAUCGUCGAUGCAGAUGUUGCGAAUUUUAAAGAAUUCCUUCGUUUCUUCUACUUUGGAACGGUGAAUUUGACCAUAGAAAAUGUAGAUGCAAUCAUGAAUCUCAGCAAUAAAUACAAUGUCACCGAGUGCAAGAAUUUAUGCAGAAAAUUCUUGAAGGCAACAAUGACCAGUGAUAAUAUGCUUUUGAG